GACCAGGCACACUUCGAGACCGACCACGUCAAAGAAUUCAAACCCGAGAUGGGACGCGGAGGAUACAAUUGAUCAAAGAACAUCUUACUUGCACUCUGCCCGGGACCAGAGUCAUAGGUCGAAGAUCUAAAACCUGCAUCAGCUGUGCAGGACUUCCAACAUAGCUACUUCCACAAGUAACUCUUCCCAAGAAGCAUAGUGUUACUUUUGUCGGAUGUUCCGAAAAGCCCCUCAACUGCGACAUCGAGAGUACAUGGGCGUUGACGACAUGAACUUCUGGUACGAGCCAAGUGGGACCGACCUUCUCGUUCGACAGCCAGCGUAUGAAGAAGAGUUUCUAAGCACCGAGCCGCAUGGCUCAUAUCGAUUAUCGAAGAAGGCUGGAAGACACUACUCUCAACCUCAACAUGCGAACAGUCAGCAUUGGAACGGCAACAACCCCUCGCGGCUUACUCAGCCAAUACCUACCCAAUACUCUUCUACAAGUACGCUGGCCGAGGGCUUCACAUACGCUGAUCCGGGCUUAUCAUCACAUAACACCUCGCGGAGGUCCUCGAUUAAUCCGCCAUUCACGCCUGACACAUCCGACAAUAUCUCUUCCUCAACAAGACAAAGAUUCUUGUCACCCAAUGAUGCUGUAUACUCGAACGAGUACCUCGUCCCCCCGAGCGACCGAGUUGGUGGUCUAGGGCACUUUGACUCCCGCACGACGAUAGACCAGUCGCUCAGGGGUCUAGACUUCUCAGUCCCCUCUAAUGGUCUCGAAGUGACAACAGUGACCGACAGCUGGCUUGGCACAAGCCAGGAACAGGCCUGGGAAGACCCUCUUUUGGUCGUGUCAGAACUAGGCUCGCAGCAGGCGAUCGCAGCACCGCCACAUUGGCCAGCACCCAAGAACCGGUCUCGCCAACACGUCGACACAUUGGGUGUGACUUGGCAAAUGAACGAGGACUUGACCUGGACACCUUGUGACGAUGAGUUCACCCCGACGCUCGAUGCAUUUGACGCGGCGUACGGCGGAAGCGGCGGCACAGAUGCAUUUGACGAACCAGACAACACCGCAUGUAAGGCAAAGACAAGCUCUGCGACGAAGGCGGUGUACCCCCCAGCCCAAUGCGAAGUCUGCGGCAAGGCUUACACGGGCCGGUACGGAACAGGCAACAUGCAACGCCACUUCCGGUUGGAGCAUGUAAACGAGUCGCGGAAAGAGUACCCUUGCCUCGUUUGCAAGAACACCUACCAUCGAAGUGAUGCUCUGCGCAAUCAUGAGCGUCUGAAGCACCCGCGAUUGCAACGCGCAGUUGCCAUACCAAGAUCUAGAUCAUAGCUGAUGUUGCUGCGGCACAACUCCUCUCAGGCAUAUUGAUGUUGCCUGACCAUGGGGCAGUGUCGGUAUUGGUGCAUUCUGUCUUCUCCCCUGACCACAGUCUGGACGGAGAUGGAAGGUAUGGCAGGGGCAAAUAUCGUAUCCAG